AUGAAUAUGCUGAUCAAUUUGACGUCUUCUUCCUCUUCUCCUUCCUCUUCUUCUUCUUCUAAUGGUUAUAUUAAUGAUGUCAAAUUAAAUGAUAAUGGUGAAGUGAUCUUAAAACGUCGUGAAUAUUCAAAUACUAAAUGUUUAUAUUAUUUAUUUACUGAAUUCUUUCAAAAUACAACUGUUUAUCUAUAUGUCAUGACAUUUUUAUUUUCUGGUUUAUUUUGUUUAUCUAUAUUAUUCAUUAUAAGUUAUAUAAUAAUUAAUAAUUUAAUCAUUCUUAUAUUAAAUACUUUCAAUAUAUAUAUCAUCAAUAAUUAUAAAUUAUCAAUAAUCAAUAUAAAUUCAAUAAAUGAAUUUCAAUAUUCAAUUAUUAUUACUUUAUUUAUUCUAUAUAUAAUUUAUUGGUUAUGGGAUUGGAAUUCAGAAAAUCAUGGUGGACAUCCAAAACAAUUUAUACGUUAUUUAAAAAUAUGGGAAUAUUUAGCAGAUUAUUUUCCAAUACAUUUAGUAAUUAGUAAAGAAUUUAUUAAAUUUAAUAAAAUUCAUAAUCAUCAUAUUAAACAUUAUUCUUAUUUUAUGAAUUCUAUUAUGAAUAAUGAAGAUUAUAAGAAUGAUGAUGAUUUUGAUAAUGAAUUAAUGAAAGAAAAUUUAUCUAUGGAUGUUAAUUAUUUGGUUGGAUUUCAUCCACAUGGAAUACUUGCUACAGGAGCAUUUAUUAAUUUUGCUACAGAAGCUACUGGUUUUUCAAAAGUAUUUCCUAGAUUUAAGCCAUAUUUAGCUAUAUUAAAAGCUCAUUUUAUAGCACCAUUUUAUCGAGAUUUUCUAAUGUUAUUCGAAUUUAAGCAACUUACAUUCAUAACAGAAAUAACAAAUAUUGGCAUCAAUAUAUUUCACACUGUCUGUAUACUUAAGGGAAUGAUUGCUGCUACUAAGAAAGGAUUACAUUACCUUUUGGAUAAGAAUAGUUGCAAACAAACAGGAAAUUUUGUCGUUGUCGUUCUUGGUGGGGCUUCCGAAGCCUUAGAUUCAAGACCUGGAACAUAUGUGAUGCACAUUAAUCAACGUUUUGGUUUUUUCAAGUUGGCCUUACAAACUGGAUCAUAUUUGGUACCGUGUAUAUCAUUUGGUGAACAAAGCUUAUAUCAUCAAGUUCCAAAUGAAAAAGGAUCAUGGAUACGAUGGCUACAGGAUAAAUUUACGUCGAUUUCUACCGUUGCACUGCCUAUUUUCUAUGCUCGUGGUCCCUUUCCGUAUCGUAAACCAGUUUAUACUGUAGUUGGUGCUCCAAUUCAAUGCGAAAAAAUAAAUGAACCCACAGACGAACAGGUCGCACAUAUUAAACAAAUUUAUAUAGAAAAGCUCCAAACACUAUUUGAAGAUUACAAGGUAAUUUAUGAUCCAGAAGCUAAUGAUAUUGAAUUUGUAUAAAUGAAAAACUUAUGUAUUUUUGAUUCAUUUAUCAAACUAUCGUAAUCAUGUAUUGA